ACUGUUCUAUUCUAAUACCAAAAUACGUACUCGUAGAUUCCGAAUAAUAAACAAUAACAAAUAAUAUAAUACCUUUUCCUGCCUUUGUUUGUACAUGGUAUUCAGGCUCGUUAUCUUCUCAGUUACAAAAAGCAAAAAGAGGAAGGGGUCCAGUUUUUUUUCUUUAGUUUUUAUAAAUCUCAAUUUCAAAAUCAAAAACCUCCACUCGUAAAUCGCCGAUUGCUUCUCUUCUCUUCUCUUCUCUUCUCUUUCUCUCUCUCUUUCUCUUCCCUUCUCAGUCCGAUUGGAUCUGAUCUGAUUUGAUUGGGAUCCGAUCCGGAUCUGAAUAAUUGCCUGUUGGGGGAAGAAGAGAAGAAUGGAGCAGAGCGAGAAGAAGACGGGAGGAGCGGUGUCGGAUGUCGGAGCAUGGGCGAUGAACGUGAUCAGCUCCGUCGGCAUCAUCAUGGCCAACAAGCAGCUCAUGUCUUCUUCCGGUUACGCCUUCGCCUUCGCAACUACAUUGACGGGGUUCCACUUCGCGGUAACGGCACUUGUGGGAGCUGUGUCGAAGGCCACAGGGUUUUCGUCUGCUUCGAAGCACUUGCCUCUUUGGGAGCUUCUGUGGUUCUCCAUCGUCGCCAACAUGUCUAUCACUGGCAUGAAUUUAAGCCUCAUGCUCAACUCUGUCGGCUUCUACCAAAUAUCGAAGCUGAGCAUGAUUCCAGUGGUUUGCGUGAUGGAAUGGAUUCUUCACGGCAACAAGUACUCGAGGGAAGUGAAAAUGGCAGUGGUUGUUGUGGUCAUUGGUGUUGGUGUCUGCACCGUCACUGAUGUCAACGUCAAUCUCAAAGGUUUUAUCUGUGCCUGUGUUGCCGUUUUCUCUACCUCCUUGCAGCAAAUUACCAUAGGUUCCCUACAAAAGAAGUACUCAAUUGGAUCAUUUGAACUGCUCAGUCAGACGGCCCCAAUUCAAGCGCUCUCUCUCCUCAUUUUUGGUCCCUUCAUCGAUUACUACCUCAGUGGCAAAUUAGUAACAAGUUACAAGAUGUCUACUGGCGCCAUCUUAUUCAUUCUUCUUUCGUGCUCUCUCGCUGUGUUCUGCAACGUGAGUCAGUACCUCUGCAUUGGGCGCUUCUCGGCAGUUUCAUUCCAGGUUUUAGGUCACAUGAAAACAGUUUGUGUCCUCACGUUAGGGUGGCUGCUCUUUGAUUCAGAGCUAACUUUCAAAAACAUCAUGGGGAUGAUUCUUGCGGUGGUUGGGAUGGUAAUUUAUAGUUGGGCCGUGGAGGUUGAGAAGCAGGCUGCAAACAACACCAAGGGCGUACCGAAUGUGAAAAAUAGCCUCACAGAAGAGGAAAUCAGACUUCUCAAGGAAGGAGUGGAUAGUAAUGCUUCUGUAAAGGAUGUCCAACUUGGUGAAUCUAAAGUAUAGGUAGACUACUCACAUUUGGCUGGUAAAGAAGGAAAAUAGUGCAUUUAAAAAAGAGGAAUUAAAAACAAAACAAAGCAAUUACAGGUAUUAUUCAUUUCAUGUGUUUGUUUUUCUUCUUCAUAUUUGUAUUCAUGUGGCUGCACGAUUUGGUGCCCUUCUGCUGAUCCUCACGCAAGAAUUUCAUCUUAAAACUCUGUUAUUUUCUCUUGAAAAGCCGUGUUAUUAAUUUAUUCAUUGUUAUUUUAUUUUCCCCUCCAAAUUAAAAAUAGAUAAAUUUUUAGCUUGUUAUAUAUGUUUCUACCUUCUGCGGAGAAAUCAGCUCAUGAAGAAAGAAUGGAGCAAUCGUGGUGUAUGAUGUAUAACUCGAAAGUUGGUUGAGGGCCCCCCAAGUCUAUUUAUUGAUGAUUGUUGUUGUCGAAUAAGUUUUGUUUUACUCCUCUCCUAUAUGUUGGAGUAGAUGGGCUGUCCAUUUUUUAUAAACUCGUAUUUCUCCCACA